UGGACAAAUCGACUUUGAUCAACGACAUGGUUUCUUAACUCAACUCGUGUGGAAAAAUGCAGUUUUGCCGUCCUGGACGUCUUAUGGGCGGCGAAAGAUGCAUCCAUACAUUCUUAUGUUGUCUGCAUUUCCGCUAUUGGGGGUUUAUGCCGGCUGUUGCUCGGCGGCAUCAUCCUACUCAGACAAUCUUGCUCAACUCGGAGUGGCUAAAAGCACUCAAUCCUCAUCUUGGGUUGCAUAUGCUUCGAGCAGAGCAAAGCGGAUUCGGAUUUCAUACCUGGCAGUGUCACUCGGCAGGCUUCUCGCUUCAUCGCUGGUCGACCUGCACUUCCAUCUGGCCACCCACGGUACAUCAGAUUGCACCCAUCCUUUGGCUCCCCUAAUCAUCCAUCAUCCAUCUUCUGCUGUCCUUUUUUCCUUCUUUGAUUUUGUUGCUUGGGAUUUGGAGGGCGGCUUGUGGGGAGGUUUUGAGCAUCAGGGGACGAAACACAGGGGAGGAAGAGCCCGAACAAACCAGAUUGAAACCACAACCGACACCUUCGAUAGAGGAUCAAGCAAAGGACAGGACAUGUACCACAUGUCUAUCACAGAAUGCGUCUUUUCAAGAGAAAAAGCUUGACGUCGGUUGUCUUCUGUUCGAAGAAGACAGAUGCUCCUGGGGAACUGCUUUAUUUCAUUUUAGGUAGUAUUGUAUUCGGUCUUGCUUUUGCUCCCAAAAUCCUUGCAUCAAUGUAUAUCCUGCUUCACGUGA